AAGUUGAUCAAGCGGCGCUCGCCGGUCCCCCAUGUCCCAAGUUCACCCCCCUCAUCAUCAUACUACAUCGCGUCAGAGGAGACUAAUACUCCUCCAUCCAACCAAGAAUCAAACUCCAAUAAGGACGUCCGUAACCAAAGUCUUCUGCCACUCGUUAGGCCUCCAUCGCCACUACGGCUAGACAUACCGAUACAUCAGCCAUGGCAUGAUCGGCGAACAAACUUUGAGUUAUCACCCAUGCGGAAAAGACACCACAGUAGUGCAUCCAUUGCCUGCAUGGAUUGGUGCUUCUCCAAUCAGCACUUCUGUCUCGACACCUUCUGGCAAUCCGCAUUAUACCCGAUCCAGUGCUGUUCCGACCGACGAGAGAUCAAUAUAUCCAUAGCAAUGGACGAAAGUUUAUCAGAUGAAGCCGUGGUGGAACAUCUCGAAAUCAUACGGAAACGGAGUUGCAAGGACAAACAUCGGUCACUCCCUGUCCCCAGGGCUACUAGCCAUGAUCCGGCUAGCAUAUCACUUUCUAAGCAAGGAUCUAGCCAUUUGUUCCAACUUGGAGAUCACUUCGCCAGUCAUCCAAGUUCGCCAUGCCAAUCGGAAGAGUCCGAGCCCGUGACGCCCUUACCUGUGAUUUUGAAUGAUGCCGAGUCGGACAUUGACGACGCUGCGCUCUGGAGUACUGCCAGAAAGGCAUUGUUUUGCAUCCGAGAAAUCGUCGGGACGGAGAAAAAAUACCAAGGAGCCCUUAAGAUGCUCCUGACAGGACAGACAGCGAAUCAGCCACCUCCACUGUUGUUGGCAUACCUUCCUGAUCUCAUGCGGGUGUCAGAAGCGUUGUUGAAGGCCUUUCUUGACGACCCCUCCGCUUGGGGCGUAUCCACCGCCUUCAUGGCUUGCGAAGAUGAUAUUGAAGCUGCUAUGGUUUCGUGGUGCAGCGUGGCAGGCAAUUUCUUUACUGAUGGUCCCAGUCACGAAGGCGAAUCAGCCAUUAUGGGAGGGAAAUGGCGCCUGCGCAAGUCUCUGCUCUCUGCCACAAACAAUCCCCUCACCACUGUAGUGGAGAAGUUGGAUGGGAACUCUUCUCCCGCUAGUUCCUCUCCCCCUCUUCUAACUCUAAUGAAUGAGGCAGGGAGUAGAAUUAGAGAAAGACAACGGACUGUCGAACACUAUUGGAAGGUGUCUGAUGAUGGCGCCGAGUCCCACGCAGAACGACGUCCUAGAGUCAACUCAGCCGACAGUCGAUCAAAGGGAGAGCCUCCGACUCGGAGGCAAAGUGUACGGGAUCUUGCAAUUCAACCAACACAGCGAGUUAUGAGAUAUGUUUUACUGUAUCGAGAUCUCUUGGAGAGUACACCUCUCACUUCUCCUUCCCGCGCUCUUGUUGAGAGAGCGCUCGAAGCCGCGACCCGCAUUGCUGUUAAGUGCGACCAUGCGCAAGACAAUGCUGCCUUUUUCCAUAGAUAGAAUGUUUUGCAUCCAUAUUUAUUCUUCAACAGUAUUAGCAUCGAAUAGCCGCGCCGGUUUGUAUCACACACUGCAAGCUAUUAUACCCAGCAAUUAUCUCAUUGUAUAUAUGUAACAUAAGUUAUUCUGCCUU